AUGAACAAGGAAAGAAUAGCAUUGCCUGUUUUGUUGGAGCAAGCGACUAACUACAUAAAAGGACUGAAGGAAAGCAUACAAGAACUGCAUAGAAGGAAGGAACAACUCACGGGUGGUGAUCAGAUUGAGCAUAGCUUGGAAGCCUCGCCGGUGUUACCGGUACUUGCAGUUGAAGAAAUGGGAUCAACUUUGGAGGUGAAAUUGAUUACUGGUAUGAACAGAAAUUUCAUGUUGCAUGAAGUUCUAGAUGUUCUCGAAGAAGAAUGUGUUGAAGUUUUGAGUGCAAUCUACACUACUAAGGGUGACAAGAUCUUAUAA